AUGACGCCGCCCAUGACCCGGCCCACGGCGCAUUCUGUGAGCGGCCAUACACAAGACCAAUCUCUCCUGCCGCCGCAGUUGAAAGACCACCGCUCCCACUCGACCACGAAUCUGGUGUCAAAGACUCUCCCUCCUGGCAGCUUCUCUUCCGAACUACGACCCACCGUCUCCCGAGUUGAUCAUGGCCGUAUCGACUUCUCUACCUUCGACUCGGAUCAGGCUGCAUCCACCGUGACGACCGAACAGCGUCUGGCCGACUACCGCGACAAGAUUGAGAAAGAGACAAAGAUCAAGAUUGGCAGUGAGAACCUGCUCGAGGCUCUCAACACAAAGAAUGCAAAGCAGAGCCGUGACCAGCGCCGUCUGGUCGAGUCGGAGCUCAACACUUCCAAUCGCAAGAUUGCCCAGCUGAAGCUCGACCUCGAGACUGAACUCCAGCGGGUAAAGGAGUCCACUGUUAGCCCCGCCAAUCGUCUCUCUUUCGCCAUACCGCAAAGGUCUCCUUCCAACCUUACCCUAUUACAAGGAAACCUCGAACCUGAAGAACUGGACCCGGAAUCAGAGUCGCCAUCCUAUGUCCUGGCCGAGAUUCUACAGGCCCUCGAGACUGAGGACAUGAAACCUGACUAUUAUGUGAGCCAUGCCAACGAACUUGUCGGUCUGUUCAAGCGCCAUCCUGCGCUAAAGUAUGAUCUCGCUUGGUCCAUCUUUGGUCUCCGUAUGCAAAUGAUGCUUCUGAGCGACAGCCGUGAAGUCAUUGCUGCUGGCUACCGCGUCUUGCGACAUGCUAUCACGGAUCGCAAAUCAUUACAAACAAUACGAGCCCAUCAUACCGACUUUCUUGUUAUUCUAUCUUUGGUGAAAGAAGCAAAGGCCAUGGUGGAGCGAGAACAGGCUUUGAAGCUUGUUCGCGCCUUUCUCGACGUCAAAGAUGGUGUACACGAAGUCGCUCCUUCGGUCGUGCGAAUCAUUGUCGCGAUUGCCGAACAUCCGGAAGAUCGUCUUCGCUCCAUAUCUAUCAUGACCCUAGCCGAACUCCUCAUCCGUAGCCCAGAUCUUGUCGUUGCGGCUGGUGGCAUUGGCACGCUUGCUGACGCUAUGGGCAAUGGUGCUUACCAGGCUCCGGAAACUCUGGCUGCUGUCUUUUUACAUCUGUUGGAUCUACCAGCACGUAGAGGUCUCUUGCGAUCUGGAUUUGAGUUGAGUCUUCCAUUUGCAGCGUUCACCGAACCCCCCACCUCGAGUGCUCAUGAGGAUCGCAUGAGGUCAAGUGCGAAGGUGGUAGCUUCGCUGUUCAAAAGCUGGUCCGGAAUUAUGACGAUAUCUCUGCACGACUUUUUGCCAGCUCGCUCCGUGGUAUCAUCCCUCUUGAUCGACGCUGUGGCGGUAAGGUCAAUAGUGCUUGAGCUUCUUUUCGAUAUUCUUCGCAUCAAGCCUCCGUCUUGGUCUUCCUCUUUUCUAGCUGGAAGACGUCUGACCACGUACGGCCGCGUAACCAAUCUCAAAGCAAAUGACCAUCACAAACCUUCAAGCAACGAUCCUGAAGAGAUUUCGAAGAGAAUGAGUUUGAUAGAACAUUUCUCUGCAGUAGUCUUGACCAUUCUUCUGCGAGUAGGUCUCUUACCUGCAUUGAUGCAUGCUGAACGCGAUGCGCCAAAUCUUGCUCUAAAAAGGAAAACUACAUUGCUGAUCGGUGAGGUCUUGAAACUUGCCAAUCAAUUACUACCGAGCGAAUGGAGCGCCGAACUGCAAGUUCUACCCGAUCUGUUCCAUCAGGCCACAGCAUUUGGUCAGGACGAACGAUCCCAAGCUGUGGCUACUGUAUAUCAGGUCGACAGUGUCAAUCGUACACUCUAUCGAUCUGUGGGUGGAGGACCAGGUGUCAAAUCUACGCGAGCAGAUGAGUUCGAGCCUAUCAAGUCGGCCGAGCAGCCGAAAGUACAGAUGAGCGCCAAUAUGGAUGAAGCCCAAUUCAGGGGACUACUUAUGGAGUGUCAAGUCUUAAACACUGUCAACUAUACCAAAUGGCGAUGGGAUCUGAUUCAGCCCAUGAUAGAAGGACCUCUUACCAACUCACGGAGAUUGGAUGAAGCCAUGAAAGCUACCAAAUUCGUCCAUCGUUUGUUGGGCUUCCUCCGACCCUUCAAGUACAGAUUCUCGGAUGCCAAAAAUACCAAGCCGAAUCAACGCUAUGUUAGAGCUGGUUGCGCGCUUGUUCGUACACUGCUACUGACUCCGGAAGGUACCAAAUAUCUGGCGGAAAACAAAAUGGUGCGUCAAAUCGCCGAGUGCUUGGCUCAAUUCGAUCGUAUGAGCGGCAUCACAUCUACAACUCCCCUCUUCUCUCCCGAAAGACUCGCAGAUACCCUGGUAGGUGGAUACUUCGCCAUAUUAGGUGUUCUUUGCAGCGAUCAGAAAGGCUUGCAAUUGAUGGAGCGAUGGAAGAUCAUCAACAUGUUCUAUCACAUAGUUGAGCUCAAGGGCAGGGACGACCUCAUCAUGGCGUUACUCACCAACCUGGAUUAUACUCUGGACAGCCAUCCUCGCAUCAUUCUGUCGAAAGCAAUGAUUUCAGGAUCUAAAGACGUCCGCAUAGCUGCAACAAGGAUACUACGAAAAUACGCCAUCAGGCCAUUAGACACCAGUCCAAAGUCGAGUGGCAGUGGUGAGUGUGCUGCAUGGGCGAUUCGGUUGUUGGUAACGCAGCUCUAUGACCCAGAGAUCGAGGUAUGCGAGAUUGCCAUCAAGAUUUUAGAAGAAGCUUGCAACGACAACAACUCUCUGGAGUAUGUUGUCAAAUGUCGACCGGCGCUGGAUCACCUCGGUGAGAUUGGUGCACCACUUCUGCUCCGCUUCCUUUCAACAUCAGUCGGCUACCAUUAUCUAGAUGGACUCGACUAUAUCACAAAAGAAAUGGAUGACUGGUUCCUUGGUCGCAACGACACCUACGUCACACUAGUAGAGGCUUCUCUCGCUCGAGCACUAGCCGACAUUCCAGAAAAGGCCGUCUCCAUGUUUGAAGAAACACCCGAACCACAAGAUUUCGGUCUUGUACCACCCCACUUCUACCGGGAACUUACCCGCACAGCAGAAGGUUGCGAACUUCUCAAAUCAAAAGGACAUUUCGAAGAAUUCGUCGCUACGAUUCAAGAUUUCGGCAUGGAAGAAGAAGACGCCGAGACGAUAAUCAAAGUCAAAGGCUGUCUAUGGGCAGUCGGUAAUGUAGGAUCCAUGGAAUUAGGCGCACCUUUCCUAGAGCAAUCAGAUGUGACACAACACAUCAUUGAAAUUGCGGAAAAGUCCGAAGUCUUGACGUUAAGAGGGACUGCAUUCUUCGUGCUGGGCUUGAUAUCGAGGAGUUUGCAUGGCCAGGAGAUAUUGGCUUCUUAUCAUUGGGAUGGAACGGUGAAUAUGCUUGGAGAGUCGUUGGGUUAUUGCCUCCCUCUUGACUUUACCAAACUCUUCAACGUCCGCCAAUGGGGUCCCACUCACCCAUCAUCCCACACCAAAACAUCCCCCCUCAUCGCCCUCCAAUCCAACAACUCCACCACCAUCCCCACAACCACCUCCCCUCAAAACGCCGAAAUCAUAAAAUCGGUCAUAAAACUUGGCAACACCGUGCUCUCCAACAAAGCAGCCGCCGAUUUGAAUUCCUUCAAACAGAAAAAAGCGCCGGGUCUGCGCUCACCACAGCUUUUCCAGAAAGUUUUGGUCGUGUUGAGUAGUCAUCGGUAUAGAUUGCCUGCUUGUAGGUUCGUGUUGGAUUUGUUUGAUAGAGGGGUGUUGAGGAGGUUGGUGCUUGAGGAGGAGGGGAGUGAGGAUGAUGAAGAGGAAGAUGAUGGUGUUGAGAUGGGAAGAGGUUAG